AUGUGUGGAUCGAACAAAAAUAUUGUGCAAGCAACAUUUGAUAAAAACUACGUGUUAUUUGGAAAUAGGGAAGCACUAGAUAGCGAUGACACAGUGCCGAAGUCUAUUGGUGCUGAAAAACACCAGGAAUGGAUUGAUGAGAGACUUACAUGGGAUCCAUUGGAAUAUAAUAACCUGUCAAGAAUACGAAUCCCGUGUCAGAAGUUAUGGUUACCAGAUAUUGUGCUGUACAAUAGUGCAGAUGAUUAUAAAACAGAUUAUAUGCAAAGUAAGGCAAUGGUACAAUCAAACGGUAAUGUAUUCUGGCCACCACCAGCAAAAUUACGAUCAACGUGUAAAAUUGAUAUCACCUAUUUUCCGUUUGAUGAUCAAUCCUGUAUGAUGAAAUUCGGCUCAUGGACAUACGAUGGUUGGCAGGUCAAUGUAAUAAAACGACAUGAUGAGGUAGAUACAUCAAAUUAUGUUGAAAAUGGUGAAUGGGAUCUACUCAAAGUUGUAGUAGAAAGAAAUGAGAUCUUUUAUCCAUGCUGUCAAGAACCAUAUCCUGAUCUCCGAUUUACAAUUUAUAUGCGUCGUAGAACCCUAUACUACUUAUUCAAUAUAAUCUUUCCAUGUUUAUGGUUAACUGUAUUAAGUCUAAUCAGUUUUUGGUUACCACCUGAUUCUGGAGAGAAAAUCACCUUGGGUAUAACUGUUCUACUGGCAUUUAGUGUAUUCAUGUUAUUAAUUGCAGAGAAUAUGCCAGCUACUAGUGAAUUUGUCCCAUUAAUCGGUGUCUAUCUUACAGUUACCAUGACAAUGACAUCGUUGUCUAUUAUAUUAACAGUUCUCGUCCUACACCUUCAUCAUACUGGUUCAAAUCGACAAGCUGUGCCUAAAUUUAUUAGAAUAUUAUUUUUCAAUUAUAUUGCUAGAAUACUUUGUUCAGAUGUUGUACGUAGAUAUCAAGCGAGACGAGAAAAGUGUGUGAUAAAGCGCACUAACCUAUUAAGACAAAUGUCAUUGAAUAAAAAAAGACAUACAAACUCUAUCAGUAAUGAUGACAAAGCUUCUAUGAAUUAUCAUGAAAAAUUAAUCAACACAAAACCAACAAUCUGCAAUUCAUCAAAUUUAAACAAACCCCUCCAGUAUAAUUAUUUACCAUCAGAUGUGAUCAGUUCAACUAUUGUUCUCAAUGAAAAGAAACAAAUGUCAGCCUGUAAAUAUGCAACAAACUCUUCAAAUACUACGGCUGCAACUACUACUGAACAACAAGUUGAUAAACGUUAUAAAACAAUUGAACCACUGAACACAUUAAGUUCGCCUAAUUUAAAUACAGUCAACACAAUAUCAAGAGAAGAAAUAAUAAUCAAAAGGCCUAAACUAAUCAAUACCUUUCGAAUAAUUAACGAUUUAAACAAAGAUAACAACCUUGACAAGGAAAGUCAAAGUCACAAAACGCAAACUUCAUUUAAACAAAAUAAAAUCUCUAGUGAUCAUAGAACAAUUUAUGCUAAAUCAAGUAAUGAUUUAAACAAUAACGAUAAUAAUAAUGAUGAUGAUGAUAAUGGUGAUAACGAUGGGGAUUAUGUAACAACAUUGAACCCAUUGAAUAGGCGUACUACAUAUUCACCUCGUCAAAUCAAUGAAAAUAAAGAACAAAUAAAAGUAUUAAAAAAAUUAACAGAAAUUUUACAAAGAGCAGAAAAACAACAAGAGAUUAUACAAAUUUAUUUACAUAAUUUGUAUGAAAAACAAUCUGAAGAAGAGUAUAUUUCAGAUAUUAUAAAUGAAUGGCGUAUAUUAGCACUGAUAGUAGAUCGUAUGUUAUUUUGGUUAUUUCUGACGGUAGCCUCAAUAGCCACAAUUGUAAUUCUAUUAAUUAUGCCUUUGUUUAAGCCGAAUUUUGCGUAAGUGUGUGUAUUGUGGAAGUGAAUACAUGCCAGUAUACUUGUGAAUUUUUAAGAUUUUAAACCAUCCUCCCAUUUCUUCUCUUAUUCUUCCCUUGUUUUAUAAGAGAACAAAAUCGCUCUUCCUCUUGUAUAGAUUUAUUCUGCUCACUGGUGUGCUCAAAUAGUUGUAUAGAAAUGUGUGAUUAGUAGAUUUUAGAGAAUAGUGACCAGUUACAGUAAUUCAGCAGCGACACACACUUCAGUGCAUGAAUUAUAAGUGUGUAUGUAUUGCUGAUUAUAUAGAUGUAAUCUAUAUCCGGGGCUUCCUUAUGACUUCCUCAUUCUAUGGAGACAAAAUACGUACAUGAAUACUUUUUGAAUCAAAUAUUAAUUCUUUGUAUAUUAUGCAUUUUGUAUUCAAAUACUUUGAAAAUAUCAUGUUCAUAUGUACAUAUUCUUCUUUCGGUAGAUUAUUUUUAAAUCAGAAGUAAAUUAGAAUGAGAACAAAAAUUCUUUGAUUAA